GGCUGGCGGGUCUGGGUCCCGGCUUUAGAGCCGAUUGGCCCGAACGCCGACUCGAGGCAGAGCGACAUCUGCUCCUGGAGCAGGUGGCACAGAUGAAGGAUGCUUUGGAGCAGCGAGACUUCGAGCUCGCCAGCCGCCCGAGCCACCACUUGGUGCAGACCUUGAG